CAUACAGGAUGUUCUUGCCUCACCUGCCUGCUGGUUUACUUCAUCUUUUUGCUGUGUGUCCUUUGUCCUGUCUUCCUCCCCUCAUUCCCAACUGGUCACAACAGAUGGCUGCCUCUCCCUGAGCCUGGUUCUGCUGGAGGUUUCUUCCUGUUAAAAGAUUAGAUCUGUUCUUCAUCAAAGCUGCCAAGCUGUAUCUCAGAAUGAGAAAAUCCAGGGGUCGCAUUUUCCCACUACUGACUAUCACAGGAAUUGUUUUGGUCGCCAUCCUUUUAUGGGAUUUAUCUGGAUAUUCCCUCUGUCAUCGGGAAUUGAGCCGUUGUGGCUGUCACAAGUGUUUAACAGACAGUGAUCCUUGGUUUAAUGAGAUCAUCGGUGAAGCUCCUAAACCCUUUCUGUCAAGGAAAUAUAAACUCUCAGAGGAUGAUUUCAGCUGGUGGAAGAACUUGCAGGGGGCAAAACAUCAAAACUUGACUUUGUACAAUCAAACAGUAGACAAGCUGUUUUCGAUACUCACACCCAUUACAGAUGUUGCAGAACCCAGGCCCGAUCGCUGUAGGACUUGUGCUGUGGUGGGGAAUUCUGGAAAUUUGAAAGGAUCGCGUUAUGGAGCUCUGAUAGAUUUCCAUGAUAUUGUAAUAAGAAUCAACUACGGGCGCACCAAAGGCUAUGAGACAGAUGUUGGAACCAGAACAACUCAUCGUGUCAUGUAUCCAGAAAGUGUUACUAAAUUGGACAACACAACUCAUCUUCUGUUUUUUCCAUUUAAAACACGUGAUUUUCUGUGGCUUUACAAGUGUUUAAAUCCAGGAGAAAGCGAUUUUCGCCACUCCGACAAGAUAGCAAACAAGGAUUUGAUAAUGAUCCUCCAUCCAGCUUUCAUAAAAUAUGUUCAUGAAGUCUGGCUGGGAAACAAGGGAUCUUAUCCAUCCACUGGCUUUCUUACUGUGGUUCUCAGCUUAUUUAUGUGUGAUGAGGUCACUAUUUUUGGGUUUGGAGCAGACAGCGAGGGAAACUGGAGUCACUACUUUGGCAUUCUCAGAAACAAACAAUUAAAAACAGGAGCUCAUCCAGGACAAUACGAAUAUAGUAUAAUUGAGAAAUUACACAAGAAGAAAAUAAUUACUUUUUUUAAAGGAUGGUAA